UGUUAGAUUUAUUCUAAUUAUUAGAGCUAUCAAUUAUCACUAAAAAUAGUAAAAAUAUCAGGGCCAGCCUUAAUUAUUAUAUUAGGUUAUAUUAUAUAGGAUGAUUUUACUUAUUGCUUCAAAUUUGGCCCCGUGCCUGGAGUUGCUGUAAGUUUGAAAAUCAUCAAAGUUUGAAAUGAAGCAGAAACUACACACUUUUGUUAACUCAAUAACAUUGGCAACCAAGAAUACCAAAUUCAUAGAUGGUUCAUCAAAACAACAGUUACUCUAUUCAACUUCUGUCCCAAGUUAUAAUUAUGGUUUAUCAGGCCAAGCCAAAUACAAAAGAUCUCUAGGUAACAAUCUUCCAUCAGUUAAAGGAGAAGUAUUAUUUGGACUUCAUCCAGUUUUAUUAGCAUUAAAAAGCCAGAAAAGAGAAAAAAUCCAUGGCAUUUUUAUUGAAGACAAAUUUCAAAAUGAAGGUAGCCAACAUAAAGUGAAAUCAGAGAUUCUUGAAGUAGCAUCACUUUGUAAGGUGCCAGUGUUUAUUGUUAAGGCAGAUGUUUUGCAACAACUUUCAGGAAGCAGGCCACAUCAGGGAGUAUGCCUGGAUGUAAGCUUUCUAAAGAUUACUGAAUGGAGUGAGCAGAAGUCCCUUCCUAGGACAUCCAGUUUGCCCUUCUGGUUAUUACUACACAACAUACAAGAUCCCAUGAAUUUUGGUGCUAUUUUGAGAACUGCUUAUUACUUGGGGCUUGAUAAUAUUGUAUUUCCAUCAGUUAACAGUUGCAAACUUAGUCCUGUGGUUAGUAAAGCCAGUGCAGGAGCUAUGGAGGUAGCGAGUCUGAUUAACAUCCCAGUCACCUCAUCAGAAACUUUAUUUUGUAAGCAGUGGUGGCAUCGUCAAGGUGGUCAAGUUGUUGGGACAGGCACUGGUUCAAACACAAGGACAGUUGAUAUAAAUUCAAUUCACAUGACAGAACCAACAUUACUGAUUUUAGGCAAUGAAGGCUCUGGCAUGGGAACAAAGCUAGAAAACAUAUGUGAUAUUGUGGUCAGUAUACCAGGAUCAAAUACAUCUGUGGACUCAUUAAAUGUUUCUGUGGCAGCAGGAAUCUUGAUGCACUGGAUUAAGAGUUCAAGAAAUAACAGACAGAAUUUUUCAGCUCAAGAUACUGAAGUAUAAAUGUAAUUUAUUUUGAAUGUAUAUAAUUGUAAUAAAUACAGAGCAAGAACAA